UACUAGAGACUUUUCUAUUUCGAAACUUAAAAACAUAGAGGGCAAUCGAUAUAUUGUUGAUUGGAAAGUGGAAUUUGGUAGAAGAAAGGUUCAUGUAGAGAGUAUUUCAGAUGAAGUUGAUUUAGCUAAGUUAUCAACUUGA